GGCCAGCUGGAGUCAGCCCCCUGAGAUUGCUUUUAACCUCAUUCCCGCCCCAUCUCACCAGGCAAAUCCAGAGCCUGUCUCAGCAGCCCAACGUGGGUAUUUUGACACCGCCUCAGACACAUCGGCGAAUUGCACAGACCGUAUCGUCUUGUGCCUAAUAAACGUGAGAUUAGCUUUGGGCAAGCGUAUCGCUUAUCGGAAACGUAAGACACUGGCGGAUCGACUGUAGCCUGUCUCGGGCCUCUACUGGCGCAACUCUAAACCGGCAUCUCUAGUUCGUCCCGGCUUUCCUCUUUUUUCUCCUGGAAGCGUGGGGUUAUGAUAAGGCAGACCUCAUCCUUGACCCCUUUGGUGCUGUUAUUUUAAGACCUCAUUGGCCCGCCUGUUUGAUGAAAAGUGACGCUGUUCGCUACAUUGAGUCAUCAAGAUGAAUCACAAACCAACGCCACCACCACCAGUUAAAAGAGUGCUGAGGCCGGUGCCUGAUCACGGGGUUCGCAUAGAACCGCCCAAAACGAAAUCCGAAGUUCAAUUUGUUCUUCCUGGCACGUUGCCGGAGCCUGAAGUCAUCCGGAUAAACACCGCAACAGUGUCUCAGCCGUUCCUAGAGCCGGAUAAGCUGGAACAGUGGAAAUGAGGAAACGAACAAAACAAGCAACUAUGGCCGCCGAAAUGGAUAUGUCGACUCGCAGAUUACCGAACGAAUCAUGCAAUCAUUGAACGACUCAUAACUCCAGCUUUCCUUCGGAAAUCCCCACAGUUACCGACUAAUGCCAAGAGAAACUCGAUGUAACCCUUUUCUUUCGGUUGCGCAACGUUCGGUUGCGCAACGUUCUACAAGGGUCUAUCAACUACAGCAGUUGUUACUCAAAAGAGACUUCCUCCAAUAUUCGGAGAAGUGGAAAGGAUCCUGGCCUUGCUCAGUGUCUCAGUCACAGCGGAC